AUGAAGAUCGAUGGUGGCAUCAACUUUGUGCUCGAAAAGGCAGCCAAUAGCGCACGAGAGGCCGAACAGGCUGGCUACUCCGGAGCUUUCACCGCCGAGACGUCCCACGAUCCUUUCCUGCCGUUAGCGGUUGCAGCUGACCACACCGAAAAUCUUGAGCUCGGCACGUCAAUCGCGGUGGCCUUUGCCCGUAGCCCGAUGACCGUCGCCAACACUGCGUGGGAUCUACAAGCAUUCAGCAAAGGCCGCUUCAUACUUGGCCUGGGAUCACAGAUCAAGCCGCACAUCGAGAAGCGUUUUUCCAUGGAAUGGAGUAACCCCGGCUCUCGCAUGCGCGAGUACGUCCAGGCGCUGCACGCCAUCUGGGACUACUGGCAGGCUGGCGACUUCGGCAGUCGUUUAUCUUUCGAUGGCGACUUCUAUAAGCACACCCUGAUGACGCCCAUGUUUAGCCCUGACCCGCUCGAAGUGGCCAAGCCCAAGGUGUUCUUGGCCGCGGUUGGGCCCUACAUGACCGGCGUUGCCGGCGAAGUGUGCGACGGUUGGAUCAGCCAUGGCUUCACCACUGCUGCCUACCUCGAAGAUGUCAGUAUUCCGGCUCUGCACGCGGGUGUGACAAAAGCCGGCCGCGACGCCAGCGAAGUCGAGAUCUCUCUGCCUGCGUUCAUCGUCACCGGCGAAACCGAAGAGGAAAUGCCGCGGCCAGUUUUGCGACCCGCAAGCAGAUCGCGUUCUAUGGGUCGACACCGGCAUAUAAGGCGGUGCUCGAUCAUCACGGCUGGGGCGAUGCCCAGGUCGAGUUGA